GCAUGUGAAUAAUGGACCAAACCAUUGUAAUUGAAUAGAAGGCGUGUUCAGCUUUUGUACAUAUGUAAUGAUUUUUCAUUUGUUUUCGACUGUAUUUGUUUCUUGAAUGUAGACACUAGAAUUAAAAGCCCAACUUACAUAUGUGCAAGCUUUAAGUUAAACAAAACAUACUUGGAAACAUUACUUUCAAACAUUGUAAGGCGAAACUCGGUGAAAGUUCAUUGAAGACAUGGCUGCAUCAUGUUUAUCUUCUCUCGGUAAAAACAUGUUCCUACCUCAACGAUGGAUCCUGCAAGCUAGGCCCUGGAGUCGUGCUCUGAGCCAGAAGGAUGGAGGGCACUUCCCCGCCUGUGAAGGAGCCAUGUUGCUCCCCGGGAGCUUCAACAACAAGGUGGCUCUGAUCACCGGGGGGGGCACGGGUCUGGGCCGCGCCAUGACCACCACGCUGUCCGGCCUGGGAGCGCAGUGCUUCAUCGCCAGCAGGAAGCUGGAUGUCUUGCAGAAGACGGCAGAAGAGAUCACCUCUCAAACGGGAAACCAGGUCCGGGCCCUCCAGUGCGACGUCCGGGACCCCGCGGCUGUGGCCGCUUGUGUGGACAAGCUGGUGGAGCUCGCCGGUCUUCCAGAUGUGAUCAUAAACAACGCAGCCGGGAACUUUGUGUCUCCUUCCGAGCGUCUGUCAGCCAACGCCUGGAGGACCAUCACCGACAUCGUCCUCAACGGGACCGCCUACGUCACCCUGGAGGUGGGCAAACGGCUCAUCCAGGAGGGCAAAGGAGCUGCUUUCCUGGCCAUCACUACCAUCUAUGCAGAGUCCGGUUCUGGUUUUGUGGUUCCAAGCGCAGCCGCGAAGUCUGGAGUCGAAACACUCUGCAAGUCACUGGCUGCUGAGUGGGGGCGCUACGGGAUGAGGUUCAACGUCAUCCAGCCUGGACCAAUCAAAACGAAGGGUGCGUUCAGCCGGUUGGACCCCACGGGGCAGUUUGAGAAGUCGAUGCUUGGUCGGAUCCCCGCAGGCCGUCUGGGGACCCCCGGCGAGAUCGCUAACCUGGCCGCUUACCUCGUUAGCGACUAUGCUAGCUGGGUCUCUGGAGCGGUCAUCCGGAUGGACGGAGGAGAGUAUGUCUCCAUGGCCGGGGAGUUCAACGAACUGAAGAAGGUGACUCCGGAAGAGUGGGGUGUGUUGGAGGCCAUGAUCAGGAAAACCAAAGGAUCUUCUUGAUACCUGAAGCCACCUAGACCUCUGGAUAUAUGUGGAGACCCCCAGGUGUGGGGGCCGGGUCACUGGGACUUCUCCCCUGACUUCUCCUCGCCAGUUGGAAGAGACUAGGAUUGUGUGGUUGUCAAUGAACAACGGAUCAUGUAUUUGUUUUCCAUGAAUGACUACUCAUGUCUAAUUGGCCUUCUCCGUAACCGAACUAUGUAUUCAUUUGUUAAUAAAUGAACAAGACCAGA